AUGGCUUUAACUCACAAUGUAUGGGCAUUUGUGUUUGGAAUCAUGGGUAACAUCAUAUCAUUCGUCGUGUUUUUGGCCCCGGUGCCAACCUUUGUAAGGAUAUGCAAGAAGAAAUCGACAGAAGGUUUUCAGUCUCUUCCCUAUGUUUCAGCGCUCUUUAGCGCGAUGCUAUGGAUUUACUACGCUAUGCAAAAGGAUGGCUCAGGCUUCCUUCUCAUUACCAUAAACGCUGUUGGGUGUUUCAUCGAAACCAUCUACAUCGUCCUCUUCGUAACCUAUGCUAACAAGAAAACUAGAAUGUCCACUUUGAAGGUUCUUGGCCUCUUGAAUUUUUUGGGUUUUGCCGCCAUUGUUCUUGUCUGCGAGCUCUUGACAAAAGGAUCGACACGUGAGAAAGUUCUUGGAGGGAUUUGCGUUGGAUUUUCUGUCAGUGUUUUCGCAGCUCCUUUAAGUAUCAUGAGAGUGGUAGUACGAACAAGAAGUGUGGAGUUUAUGCCAUUCUCUUUAUCGUUGUUUCUUACACUCAGCGCCGUCACGUGGCUCUUCUACGGUCUCUCUAUUAAAGACUUCUACGUUGCGCUUCCAAAUGUAUUGGGCGCGUUCUUAGGAGCUGUUCAAAUGAUUCUCUACGUAAUAUUCAAAUACUACAAAACUCCGGUGGAGCAGAAGACAGAGAAGUCCAAAACGGUGUCGGAUCAUUCCAUCGACAUAGCGAAGCUAACCACCGUUUUACCUGGUCCAGUUUUGGAUUCAGCGGGUCAUCCACCGUCUGCUAUCCAUAGUGUUCCCGAGACUCAGAUGAGCCAGAACAUGACCGGUCCGAAAGACCAGAAUAACAAGGAUGUCCAGAACCAAAACCAAGUUUGA